GUAUAACCAUAUGAAUUCAGCAGUAUUUUCAUAGAGUGAAAGAUUUUUUCUGAUAUUCUAUUUGUUAAUUUGCUGUUUAUGAUAUUGCCAUAGUUGUUUGAAAAAUAGUUGAGUGCAAAAUUACACAACUAUUAAAAUGGUUGUCGAUAUGGAAUUAGAAAACGCGAAAAAAAGAGUUUUGGAGUUAAUGAAGCAGAAAGAUGAGAUUGAAGUGACAUUACGAGAAUUGAAACUUAUUUUAGAUACUAAUCAUGUAGGCAUGAACGAUUCAUUGGUUGAUUCUGAAGGGUAUCCGCGUGCUGAUAUUGACGUCUAUCAAGUGAGACAUGCCCGCCAUAAAAUAAUAUGUCUUCAAAAUGAUCAUAAAGUAUUGAUGAAAAGAAUUGAAGAAGGCUUAAUUGAAGUACAUACAAUAUCAGGAAGAGAUAAUGUAGCAAUGGAUACAAGUCCAUCAAUCGAUUAUCCAAUUCGGAUGGAACAAGAUGCUCCAGUUAGUGCUGAAGCUGAUAAUAUGUUAUUAGAGCCAUUCUUGAAAGUAAAUCUUGUUUCAUCUGGUUCUCCAGCAGAACUAGCGGGGAUACAACUGAAUGAUUUGAUUAUGGAAUUUGGUUCUAUUAAUUGUCAGAAUUUCAGAACUCUGAAAGACAUAGGUGAUCUUGUGGAGCAAAGUCGUUAUAAAGAGAUAAUGAUCAAAAUAAAACGUACAGAUAAAUCAACAGCAGUGUUGAAAUUAAUUCCCAAGCCGUGGUCUGGGAAAGGUUUGUUGGGAUGUAAUGUUAAUGUUAUUGAAACAGUAGAAAGAUAAAGAAACAAAAAAUGUUUAAUAAAUAUUAUUAUUUUAAUUAUUACAUUUAAAUCAUUAUCAUAUUAUCAUUAUUUACAAUGUAAUUACGAAUUAUA